GUGAGGUUUCCGGGAGUGGACUGCGCGUGCGCAGCGAUGGGGUGUCUGGCUGUUUCAGUUCCCCAAUAAGAAGCAGGAUCUCCUGUACCUGGGCAGAUGGAGUCAGAUCCUGGAGAGGAUGACCUCAGUGCCAAGGGCUGGGACUCAGGGAAACUUACCAUUGAAGGUACCGGAUCAUUUACCAAUCUUGAAGAUGAGCUGAAUAAGUCCCAAACCCUCCUCGGGUACCUUGAUGUGGACAAGGAGCUGGAAGCCAAGCAGGAUUUGAUCGAUGAUAAAGAGUUUGACAUUCCUCAAGUUGACACUCCACCAACACUGGAGAGCAUCUUGAAUGAGACAGAUGAUGAAGAUGAACCCUUCAUACCGGAAGAUCCUGCGCUGCUGAAUGUAGAGACUAUUGACACCCACUCCUGUGACACGUCAUCAUUGGCUAGCUCUGACAGUGGUGACCGGACACACAAGAGAAAGAAAAAACUAGCAGAUGCCUUUUCCCGCCACGGAUCUGUGUUGCGCCACAUGCUGCUUAAAGGAGUUUCUGCUCAGAUCGUGUCUGCUGCAGAUAAAGUAGAUGCUGGCCUUCCGACAGCUAUAGCUGUCUCCAAUCUAAUUGCAGUGGGCACCUCUCAUGGUCUGGCCCUUAUAUUUGACGCAAACCAGGCCCUCCGUCUUUGUCUUGGAAGCACAGCGGUCGGUGCACAAUAUGGUGCCGUUUCAGCCUUAAGCAUUAAUAAUGACUGUUCCAGGCUUCUCUGCGGUUUCGCGAAAGGACAGAUUACGAUGUGGGAUCUGGCCAGCGGGAAGCUCCUGCGUUCUAUAACGGACGCCCACCCACCUGGGACAGCCAUUCUACACAUUAAGUUUACAGAUGACCCAACCCUUGCUAUCUGCAAUGACAGUGGAGGAUCUGUAUUUGAGCUGACUUUCAAGCGAGUAAUGGGCGUGAGAAGCUGUGAAUCCAGAUGUCUGUUCAGUGGAUCCAAGGGAGAAGUUUGCUGUAUUGAGCCGCUGCACACAAAAGCUGAACUUAGAGAUCACCCUAUUGCCCAGUACUCUCUACUGGCCAUGGCAUCCUUGACUAAGAUACUAGUAAUUGGCUUGAAACCAUCUCUGAAAGUUUGGAUGACUUUUCCAUAUGGGCGAAUGGAUCCUUCAAGUGUCCCACUUCUAGCAUGGCAUUUUGUGAUCCUGCAGGGAGCUUUGAACCCCAUGUUGGCAUUCUGCAGAGGAGAUGUGGUGCAUUUUCUCUUGGUGAAGAGAGAUGAAUCUGGAGCAAUUCAUAUAAACAAGCAGAAACAGCUUCACUUGCACUAUGAUCUUAUCAACUUCACAUGGAUUAAUGCGCGCACAGUGGCUCUCCUGGACAGUGCCGAGAAACUCCAUGUUAUUGACAGGCAGACACAGGAAGAGCUGGAGACUCUGGAGAUUUCUGAUUUCCAGCUUGUGUACAACAGCAGCCACUUCAAAUCUUUGGCCACCGGGGGCAAUGUGAGCCAGGCUUUGGCUUUAGUAGGAGAGAAAGCUUGCUAUCAGUCAAUCAGCAGUUAUGGAGGGCAAAUAUUCUACCUUGGAACUAAGUCAGUCCAUGCAAUGAUGCUCAGGAACUGGCGGGAGAGAAUUGAUCACCUGCUGAAACAGGACUGUUACAAUGAAGCCCUGGCUUUAGCAUGGUCAUUUCAUGAAGGCAAGGCCAAAGCUGUUGUGGGUCUUUCAGGGGACCCAAAGAAAAGGAAGAGUGUUGUUGCUGAUAAGAUAGUUGAAAUCUUGCUGCAGUAUACUGACAAAGCAUUGAGGAAAUGUCCGGAGCAAGGCAAAAUCCAGGUCAUGGAACAGCAUUUCCAGGAUACAGUGCCAGUCUUAGUUGAUUAUUGCCUGCUUCUGCAACGCACGGAUAUCCUCUUUAGUCAGAUGUAUGACAAGCUCUGUGAGAACUGUGUAGCUAAAGGAGUAUUCUUGGAGUGUUUGGAGCCUUAUCUUCUCCGGGACCAGCUGCCUGGUUUCACAACUCACGUUAUGAAGGAUCUGCUGCUCCAUUUUCAGGAUCGGGGCAUGAUGGAAAGUUUGGAGGCCUGCAUAGUGCACAUGGAUAUUACUAGCCUUGACAUUCAGCAGAUUGUCCAAAUGUGCUGGGAACAUAGGCUGUAUGAUGCAAUGAUCUAUGUGUACAACAGUGGGACAAAUGAUUUCAUAAGCCCCUUGGAGAAAUUGUUCAAGUCUAUUUCUGCACCAAUCGGCUCUGGCAAAUCUUUGACAGAUGAGCAAGUUGUGAUGGGAAACAAGCUUCUUGUAUAUAUUAGCUCAAGUUUGGCUGGGCGAGCUUAUCCUUUAGGUGACAUUCCUGAAGACCUUGUUCCGCAGGUGAAAAACCAGGUCUUUGAGUUCCUAAUACGUUUACAUUCUCCGGAGGCUCCCUCUGAUGAGGAGGUGUACCCCUAUAUCAGGACACUGUUGCACUUUGACACAAGAGAGUUCCUAAAUGUUUUGGCAUUGACAUUUGAAGAUUUUACUAAUGACAAGCAAGCAGUGGAACACCAACAGCGAAUUGUUGAUAUUUUGCUAAAGGUUAUGGUGGAAAACUCCGACUUCACUCCUUCCCAGGUGGGCUGUCUCUUCACAUUUCUUGCCCGGCAGCUGGCCAAACCAGAUAACACUCUCUUUGUCAACCGAAUGCUGUUUGACCAGGUCCUAGAAUUUCUGUGCAGUCCAGAUGAUGAUUCCAGACAUUCAGAAAGGCAGCAGGUUCUUCUCGAGCUGCUUCAUGCAGGAGGAGUAGUUCAGUUUGAGGAGAACAGACUGAUUCAGCUAGCAGAACGAGCUCAGUUCUACCAGAUUUGUGAGUUUAUGUAUGAGAGAAAGCACCUAUAUGAAAAAAUUAUAGACUGCUAUUUACAAGACCCAAUGAGGAAGCAUGAAAUCUUUAAUUAUAUUCACAACAUUCUUUCGAUCCCGGGCUACAGUCCUGAGGAAAAGCAGGAAACAUGGGAUAAAGCUAUGAAACAUAUGGAGGAGUUGGUAACACUAAGUCCGAGUAAAGCAGCUGACGUGGUGUGCACUCACUUUAAUGAGCAACUGAGUGAGGUCCUUGAAAAGCUCCAGGACACGUCAUUACUGUUCCAGUUUCUUAGAAGUCUCUUGAAUCCAAGGGAUGGCGUCCAGUUGAAUCCGGAGCUGCUACAGAAUCAACCUCACAUCACAGAGCUUUUCAUAGACCUUAUGUGUCAGUAUGAUCCUGGUCAUGUGACUUCAAUGCUGCAGAUCCUGGAACAUUACAGAUUAGAAGAGACCAUUCAGAUUGCACAGAGGCAUAAUAACCAUGAAACCUUGGCUUACCUCUUGGAGAAAAAGGGAGAUAUCCAGGCAGCGUUUGAAGUUAUGCUUUCGAGGCUGCAGGAGAGACUAUCAGCACUGACUAAAUAUGUUGUUGACAGCGUGAUAAAAGAAACAGCAGUCUUAACAGACGUGAAGGAAACUUUAUCAGACACUAUUUUACUGUGUGAAAGGACAUCUCGUACACUCAACCAGCAGCAAAGAGAGGCACUAUGGUUUCCACUGCUUGAAGCAAUGAUGUCUCCACAGAAGCUCUUAAGUUCCUCUUCAUCUCCUUUAUAUUUGGACUGUGUAAAGAGUCUGACAAUGGAUGUCCUCAACAGCAUGGCCGCUUAUAUCUCCCUUCCAUCCAUACUUCACAGGAUAUUGCAGGAUCCUGUGUAUGGAAAAGGAAAGUUGGGAGAAAUCCAAGGCUUGGUUUUAGGAAUGCUCGACACCUUUAGCUAUGAGCAGACACUGCUGGAAACCACCACAAGCUUGUUGAACCAGGACUUACACUGGUCACUGCGCAACCUUAAAGCUUCUAUUACUAAAGCACUUGCCCCAAAGCAGGACCACUGCUGCAUCUGCCUUCAACAGUACAAGAAGAGGCAAGAGGGCGCAGAUGAGAUCCUCGUCUUCAGCUGUGGACACUUGUACCAUUCCCUCUGCCUGAUGGGAAAGGACUGUAAGGUCGAAGCUGGUGGACAAAGCCACUGGAUCUGUUACCACUGUAAUUCAAGCAGUAAAGGUCGGCAAGGUUGCCAGUCAGUGGCUGAAAUGAAGAGAGGGAGGACAGCAUCUUUAGUUCAGGAAUCCCCCUCCUGUCACAGAUCUGGAGAUCCUACCAUACAGAGGGGGUGCUCUGAUUCCAUCCUCGACCCACAACAGCUGCAGGCAUUCAAUGAACUCUGCCGUCUUUAUAGAGGAACCUCACGGCUGGCUUUACUGACAGAACUAUGCCGUUCUCAGAGCCCAGAAAAAUCCUUAUCAUAUCAUCCAUCCUAUGGGGGUGUUGCAUCAAGCAGUGUUUUUCAGAAUGAGAACUUCCAAUUGCAUCUUGCACCCCCACCAAUCAUUGAUGAUUAAUUCUUAGAAGGGGAAACUCUUCAUCUAAACAAAGGAUGAAGGCCGUCCACUUCAGAACAUCUCAUCCGCCUAUGUCAUGCUAUGACACAGCUGUUUGUAUAUUUAAAUUGUCAGACUGUACUUGUUUGUUUGAAAUAAACACUAAUACACUCCUUUUCUCAGUAAUUACAUCUUACCUUUAUUUA